UAAAGGAAGGUUCUUAAGCAAAGAAGGGGCUCACUCGUGCCUUGGAAGAGUCAGACAUGGCUUUGCCGGAUGCGGGAAGCUCUUGUGAGCUGCCAGUCACUGACUGAGUUCUGUCCCCAACAGGCUUCGGGGAUGAAGGCUGCAGGGGUCCUGGCCCUGAUCGGCUGUCUGGUCACAAGCACGGAGUCCAAGGUCUACACGCGCUGCAAACUGGCAAAAAUAUUUUCAAGGGCUGGCCUGGACAAUUACGCGGGCUUUAGCCUUGGAAACUGGAUCUGCAUGGCGUACUACGAGAGCGGCUACAACACCACCGCGCAGACCACGCUGGACGACGGCAGUGUCGACUACGGCAUUUUUCAGAUAAACAGUUUCACGUGGUGCAGAUACGAAAAGGUGCAAGAGAAGAACCACUGUCACGUUGCCUGCUCAGCCUUGAUCACGGACGACCUCACCGAUGCAAUUAUUUGUGCCAAGAAAAUCAUUAAAGAGACGCAAGGGAUGAACUAUUGGCAGCGCUGGAAGAAGCACUGUGAGGGCAGAGACCUGUCCGAGUGGAAGAAAGGGUGUGAGGUCUCGUAGAGUGGAACUGGGCCCUCCGUGCGCCGCGACGGCCCGUGGGGUUGUCAUGGAUGUCAGCACGCUCCUGUCAUCGCAUCCCCUUUCCCCCAAUAUUCCUUCUCAAAGCUAGAGAGGGAAAGUUAAGUUAUAUUGUAAGGCAAUAAAUAUUUCAUUUAAAUGUCUUCA